CGGAUUAUUCAGGAGGUUUUCAGUUCGACAGUUUGCAACUUUAUUUACACAAAAAUAUUGAGUAAAAUAAAUUGAUUAAACUAUUUAAACGUGAUGAACGACAUUAAAAAGUUGAAGGAGCAACAAAAGGACAAACAUCCAGGAUUUGGAAGCUAUUUGGAGUGUAUGACACGAGCACUUUUCACAGGAUUAGCUGGUUUUACUUUGGGAUUCUCAAGCAUUUACUUCACCCAGAAGCUUAUACAGAGACGUUUACCUUACGCUUUACAAACAAACAUCCUUAUAUCGACUCUUGUUGGCUCAGCAACAGCAUACAAACUUACAUCGGAUCGUACAAAAUCCUGUCAAGCUGCUUGGCUAGCAUCCGAAAAUAAACACACAUCACUCAGUGACACAUAGGAAGUUUACAAAACAUGAUUGCAUUUCGUACAGUUUCAAUCUUAUCAAAGUUUCAUCGUUUAUCAUCCUCUGUUUGGUCACUAUCGUCAACAACAGCUAGAUAUAAGCAUAGCUCCUCAGGAAACAAUAAUCCAAGAAGUGGACGAAGGGAGAGUGGAAAUACACAUCAUGGAAAAUUUGAAACAGGCACAAAUGUUGAUUUAGGAAAGGAGAAGGAUGUAGAAUCAGAGAGUUUGAAUAUUUUGGACGAUAAUGAGUACGACACAAUUGUAAGCAGUGCCAUGCAUGUAACAAAUCAAAAGCUCCUCAAUAUCCACAAUGUAAUUGUACUUCAACCGUACGUAAAAUGGGGACCGAAGAAGGUAAAAGACAUAAAGCCCGAGAAUCAACUUGCUGAGUCUGAAUCAUUAAUAAGAACAUUAAAUUGGAAUGUCGAAGUGAGUUUGAAAGUGCCACUCGAGAACAUGGAUAGAAAAUUGAUUUUUGGAAGUGGAAAGCUAGACGAGUUGAGAGAAAUAAUUAAUAAUUGUAAUUCAAGUGGACGUCCAAUAACAUGCAUCUUUGUUAGCAAAGGAACAUUGAAAUUUGUUCAGAAAUUAAGCUUGUCAAAGUUCUUUGGUAUUCCUGUUAUGGAUCGAUAUUCAGUUGUUGUACAAAUCUUACGUCUACAUGCUAAAACGACAGAAGCUAAAUUACAAGUAGCAUUGGCUGAAAUUCCAUACAUUUGGUCACAAUUAAGAGAUAUGGAGCUACAGGGAAGUGUCGGACAGAAUUUAUACCUUACAGAUUCACAAAAAAUGAUGUUGAAAAAGCGCGAGAAGAGAAUCCAAAUUGAACUUGAGAGGCUCCGUACACAUCGUGAGUUAUUGCGCAAUAAACGAAAACAGAAGCAAUAUCCAGUUAUUGCAAUUGUUGGAUAUACAAAUUGUGGCAAAACUUCGUUAAUCAAGGCACUGACGGAUGAGGCAUCAUUACAACCAAAAAAUCAACUUUUUGCAACACUUGACGUGACUGCUCAUGCUGGCUUACUUCCAUGUCGUUUAGAGGUUCUUUAUAUGGACACCGUUGGUUUCAUGUCUGACAUACCUACCGCACUUAUUGAAUGUUUUGUUGCCACACUCGAAGAUGCCCUAGAAGCUGAUGUCAUCGUUCACGUACAAGAUGUUUCUCAUGAUGAUUGGAUAUUGCAAAGAACUCAUGUGGAAAAUACUUUAAAGAACUUAUUGAAGAGCAUUAGACGAAAUGAUGAUGAUGUGACAUUAGAUAAUGUCAUAAAUGUUGGCAACAAAAUCGAUUUGGUUGAUGAAAAGUCGAGGGACUUUAACGACUUAAUCACUGUCUCAUCCACAACAUUGUCUGGCAUGAAUGAUCUCAUGAUUAAAGUUGAAGAUUUGCUGCUGAAGGCAACAGAUCGUUUAAAAAUAACAAUUCGAGUUCCUAUGGGCGGUGAUGAGAUGCAAUGGCUUUAUAAAAAUUCAGCAGUCACGUCUAGUGACGCAGAUCCUAAAGAUAACCAAAAAAUUUUACUCCAUGUUGUGAUUUCGAGGACGGCUUUAGAUCAGUUUAAGCAUCAUUUUAUUAGCGGUGGACGGAAAGGAUAGAAACUUUUUGAAUAGUUAAAGACUGUACUGAUUUUUAGUUCAAUUUUAAUAAAAAGUCGAGUAUUAAAAUUUAA